AAUCAAUUAUGUCCUUCCUUCAUCCGUCAUCGGAAAAUCACUCCGGCGGGUCCAGUAAACCACCACCAAUGACGGAGGAGAGUGGCGCUAGGGUUUCCAGCGACGCAUCACAGACUAGGCAAAGAAAGAAAAGGAAGUGGGAUCAACCGGCAGAGUCAUUGGUUUCAGCUGGUUUAGCAGUGCCCGGGGCGCUCCCGUUGGGCAAUGUGGGACUGCUCGGUGGGAUCGGGCUUCCCGGUGUGAGUCCGGUGUCCAGUGCUCAUUUGAUCAAUCCGCUUGCUGCUGGGUUUCUGGCUGUACCGCAGGCGUACCAGGUGCCUCUGAUACCGCAACAAGCUGCAACAGUGCUCCAGAAGCUGAUUCAGCCAAAGAUCCAAGAUGAAUUAAUAGCACGAGAAAUUGUUAUUAAUGAUGCAGAGUCUUCUAUUCGGUACAAGCUGACAAAACGCCAGACACAGGAGGAGAUCCAAAGGUGCACUGGUGCUGUGGUGAUAACAAGGGGCAAGUAUCGUCCACCAGAUGCUUCAAGUGAUGGUGAAAAACCUUUAUACCUUCAUAUUUCUGCAGGGGCUAAUAUAAAAGAGACAACAGAACGGAUUCUAGCAGUUGAUCGUGCUGCUGCCAUGGUUGAAGAUAUGUUGAAACAGGGUCAAAAUUUACAUCCAGCAUCAUUGUCGUCUCCUUCUGUCAUGAGUAAUGGAGUGAAGGAAUCAAGCAUGUGUGUCUAUCUGGGCUUUGAUGCAGAUCCAUCUAUGAACAUUGCUGCUCGUAUACGUGGACCAAGUGACCAAUAUAUAAAUCACAUUAUGAAUGAAACAGGAGCAACUGUCUUACUCAGAGGGCGUGGUUCAGCAAGUAUUGAUAGUUUGCCUGGUGAAGAAGGACAAAAACCUUUGCAUCUGUUGUUGUCAAGUAAUAAUUUGAAAAGUCUUGAAGAUGCUAGGCUUUUGGCUGAGCAUCUUUUAAAUACGAUCAGUGUAGAGUGUGGCAUCUCCAGGGUUUCAUCAUCUAAGGUUUAUAGUGCUAUUGCACCCCCACAGCAGGUAUAUAGUGCUGUUCCUCCACCAAAUCAGUUGUCAGCUGGAGUUCUGAGUUCUGGAAAUGAGAUGAAAGCUAUUACAACUAUGGUGCCUGCAACUGUCGGUCUUACACCAGCUCCCCCGGUUUCCUCAGUUGGGACUUCUGUGAUCACUACUGGUUUCUCUCAAGGGAUAGUACACCAGUCCGGAGGAUUGUUAAACUGUGUGCAAUCUCAGGCAAGCAGUGGUGGUUGUCCACAACCUCUAUCUGGUGGAAUGAUCUACGGUGGAUAUGGUGGGAUAUAUCCUCAAGUAACACCUUUACAACAAGUUGCCCUGGCCCUUAGACUGUCAACAUCCCCCACCACUUCUACAAUUUCUCCCACAACAUCAGUCCCAGGCACUGAACCAAAAUUCAAUUCGAAAUUCAGUUCUGAUUCUGAGGAGGAAAAGCGGCGUCAGCAAAGGCGGAAAUUUCAGGAGUUACCAGUUAGUUCCAAGGGUCAUGCCAAAGUUCAUCAGGAAUUGGACUCAUUAAAGCGACCUGAACUGGCAUUGAAUUUGGGUCUGAGGAAUGUAUCAACUAUGCCAGCUCCAAAGAAGUUGGUCCAGCAGGUAUCAAAUGGAAUGCCGCCACCGCCACCCAGAACCAUGCCCCCACCUCCACCAAAAUCUGCAUCAUCAGCACAGGUUGUUAAAGGAAUUGACAAGAACAAUGUUCCGAAGAAGAUCGAAUCUGAUAGCGUACCUGAUACUUUAAUCAAGCUUAUGGAAUAUGGAGAAGAUGAUGAUGAUGACUCCGAGGAAACUGAUGAACAAUCUACCCCUAGCAAUUCUCUUGCAGUAACAGCUGGAAAGCCUUUCUGGGCUUUAUGAGUUGUCAGUUAGUGGAGAAUGGUCAUACACACCAUGUUGGGGAAAUGGUAACACAAUGAUGAAAAUAAAGAUGGAGCUAAGGGCGUUCACCUUUGCUGUAGUGUGUUUUCUGAGUUCAAGAUCUCUUGCUGCACUUACUGGUCAAUUUUUUCUCUGGAGUUGUCAGCUAGUUGGAAAGCUGUGUUGUAACUUUUUCUCAGAUAAGGGCCUAGGUUGGUAGCUUGUUGUAGUUUAAGAGCUGGUUUCAUUUUUAUUAGGUUUUGAACAUGCAUCACACUGCAGAAUUGUAAAAAUGACAAACUUGCAUAUCAGUUUAUUUGGAGUAUAUUGGCUACAAUUUAUGUAUGUCUAUGAAGAACCAAGCUGUUCUAUGACAACUUUUUUCUGCUAAAAAUUGGCCAUAUGGCAGUCUUUGUCUGG